AUGACAACCACGCUCGCACUCGCCCUCCUCGCGACGCGCGCGCUCGCGUCGGCGAGUUCGUCGCCAUACACCAUCACGGUCGGCUCGACGGGCCCAUGGGCCGACCCGGACGACACGCCGGCGCAGUCCUUCAUCGACAGCGACGGGACGUACUUCUUCCAGUCGAGCCACGCAGAGUACGGCCCGACCGACGAGCGGGUCUGGCAGUUCUGGAGCGGGCGCGACAUGGAGCAGUACACUUUCAGCCGCGACGUGAGCGAGUACGUCGACCCCGCCAACCCGCUCGACACGAACAAGGACGUCACUUGGCGCUGCAAUAACAGCCCCACGGGCAAGAUUGCGUCGUACGCGCCGUAUGUCGAGCCGCCGCCCGGCCGCGAGAAACAUGGAUAUCCGUUCUUGGAGUACACGCAGAAGAACUACUGCGAUCUCAUGGGCGUUUGGGUGGACCCGGAUACUGGGUACUGGUAUGGGCUUGUUCAGAGCGACGGUGCAAGCAAAGGCUGGGCUCAGUCUGGCUGUCCCCUCUUCGCCAUCCUGCCAGACUCGGCUCGGCCCUUCGGCCCCCGCCUCGCUGACGCUCGCGCAGACAACGAGUUCACCGGGCGCCCGUUCGGCGACUCGCUCCACUUUGACCGGAUCGACUACGCCGUGUCGAAAGACGGCGGACGCACCUGGGACAUCCGCGACGGGGUGAUCACGUCGCCCUUCCCGACGGUCCGCGACGACAACGUCACGUUCCCGGAGAGCACGUACAAGUGGGGUGCGGGCGACCAGCGCCUCGUCGUCGACAUUGCCAGCGGAUACUUUUACGUCAACUACUGCUCGCGCGUGAUCGACAAGGGCGACCUGCGGUGGUGGGUCGCGCACUACUCGCACUAUGCGCGCGCGCCAAUCUCGGGCAAGAUGGCCCCUGGCACAUGGCAGAAGUGGUACAAUGGCUCGUGGAGCGAGCCUGGUGUCGGCGGCCUCGAGAGCACAAUCUUCCCCGUCAAGAGCGACAAGGACGCCGGCUACCCGCCCCCCGAGAAGGAGUACGACCCCAAGACGCCCGGCUUUGCCGCCGAGCAGGUCGCCAAGGGGCUCACCCCGCCCACCAGUCCGCUCCAGUGGAUGGACGUGAGCUGGAACGCUUAUCUCGGGCUGUGGGUCGGCCAGCCGACCAACCCCAAGAGACGCAGCGGCAAGCCGGGCCCCGCGCCGCAGGAGUUCUACGGCACCGACGACCUCACCUCGCAGAAGUGGCGCCUGCUCGGCGACACGGGCGACGAGUACCUGACGCAGUCGGCGUACCGGUGGCAGCUGGACGCGGUGAGCAAGACGAGCCAGACGUACCUCGGCAAGCGCUUCCGCGCGUACUGCGCCUUCGGGUGCAGUGGCGGCCGGGACGGCGAGUGGGUCGACGUUGCCAUCGAGGCUGCGAAGCGGCCUGCUGGGCCAGUCGAGCAGGGCAAGGUGUACAAGAUCAAGGCGGGCGGGUUCGCCUUGGGCCAGGGGCGCAAGGCGGUCGUGGCGUCCAAGGACGCGCAGACGGGGUGGGAGUUCCGCCCGACCGGCGACGGGGCUUACAACAUUGUCAACGCGGGCACGGGGGACGCGCUCGGCCUCGUGGCCGACUCGCCGGCGCAGCGCGCAUGGGGCGCGCAGCUCGUCGUGCGCAAGCCAGACUCGAGCGUCAACCAGCAGUGGUUCGUCAUCCCCAACCGCUCCCACGAGGACAACAAGGCGACAGGCACGCUGCGCCUCGUGAACCGCUACUCUGGUCUCGUGCUCGCGCUGUCGGAAGCGUUCGGCGCCGAGACGACCCCGCACCGCUCGUGGGCGGACGCGAGCGGUAGUCCCGUUGGCGGCGGGCGUACCCCCGCCCAGCAGGAGGUCGUGCUUGAGGAGGUUGGCGUGGGGGCUGGCGACGGCGAGCCGGGACAGCAGGUCGUGUUCCACGCCUAA